AUGGCACACGGCGGGCCGGCCUUCAGUCACAGCUACAUGCUGCCUUUGAAGCAGCAGGCCUGCCGUGGACGUGAAGUUGUUUUCUACGACCAGGUGGGCGCGGGUGCAUCGUCGCAGCCGCCCUUGCGCUCGGCGCCGUGGCUUCUCACUGUGGACUACUACGUCGAGGUCUUCAGGGUUGAGGGUUUAGGGUCUAGGAAGUUCCACCUCCUUGGGAGCUCCUGGGGUACUAUCCUAAGCCAGGCCUACGCUUUCACCAAGGAUCCUCGCUUGCGUGCAAUCGUCCUCUCUGGACCCCUCAGCGACGGCGACCUCUAUUGGCAGUCGCAGUGGGACGAAAAGGUCGGUAAUCUGGGAUCGCUUCCCUUCUUCGUCCAG